CACUUGGGUAUACUUAUGUAUGUGCGUCGGUGAUUGCUGCAAGAAAGUUUGUGAUUAAAAUUUAAAUCAUUAAAAAAUCAAUAAAUACAAAAAAAAAAAUUGAAAAUGCGUUUGGGUGCGACAAUGCCGAAUUUCAAAGCUGAAACCACCAAGGGAAAAAUUCGAUUUUUCGAGUGGCAGGGCGAUUCUUGGGUGAUACUAUUCUCGCAUCCCUCGGACUUUACACCUGUCUGCACCACAGAACUGGCGCGUAUGGCCGUGCGACUGCCAGAGUUUACGAAGCGUAACGCCAAAUGCUUGGCACACUCGGUGGAUGACAUAGAAACGCAUAAUAAAUGGGUGAAAGACAUCCAAUCAUAUUGCAAAGAGAUACCCGAAGAGUUCCCCUAUCCCGUUAUAGCCGAUCCACGCCGUGAUUUGGCCGUACUUUUUGGCAUGUUGGACGAGGAUCAGAAACGCGAUCCCGUUAUUGCACAAACCAUACGCGCACUGUACAUCAUUAGUCCUGACCAUAAAGUGCGUCUGUCGAUGUUCUACCCCAUUGCUACGGGUCGUAAUGUUGAUGAGAUUCUGCGCAGCCUUGACUCAUUGCAAUUAACUUACAAGCUAAAGGUUGUGGUCACGCCCGUCGAUUGGACUCCUGGCAAUAAGGUCAUGAUUCAACCGGAGGUCACCGAUGAUGAGGCAAAUAAAUUGUUCCCAAAAGGCUUUGAAAAGGUGCCAUUGCCUUCCGGACUGGACUAUGUUCGCACAACUGAGGAUUACUAAUCCAUUUACAAUGAAAAAAAUAUAUCUAUAGAAUUUUUAAAUUUUUCUCUUUACGAGUUAAGUUGAUGCCCAUUGAAGCAUAGCACUGUGUCGAUCAUUUUAAAAAUGAUUUUGUGCUUAAUUUUAUAAUUGUUUCCAUUGAAU